AACAAAACACUUUUUGUUCAGUGGGUCACCUAAUUGAGCAUCUGUUGAUAUUCCCAGGACGAGUGUGUGGCCUAAAAAUAUUGAUUAAAUACUAUUUUGGAAGACCAUAUUAGUUUCAGCUCCGACAUAGGUGGUCGCAGACACAGGUAGAUCGCAGGUAGUAUGUGAAGGUGGAUCAGCUAUUCCGAGCAGCAAAGAUGAAUCCCUUCAACCUGAUCAUCAUCAUCUCGUUGAUAAUAACGGCGAUAUACUUCUCGAGCAUUAUAUCCUUCAUCAAAGAUCGAGAUGAAAGCGGCAAUUGCGAGAUGACUUAUAUGUUUGAGUAUCCACAGUUUGUGAGGGUUUCAACCAAAUUUGAUGAGAAAUACAAGAAGUAUGGAUUGUAUGCAUACAGUGAAGGAGGCGCCACAGAGAAGGCCCGAAACAUGCAGUUCAAUGGAAUUCCCAUACUGUUCAUACCUGGCAGUAUGGGCUCACAUAAGCAAGUUCGUUCUCUGGGUUCCAUUUCAUUGAGGAAAGCAAUCAAUUCAAGGACCCCUCAACAUUUCGAUUACUUCACAGUUGAUUUGAAUUAUGAAUUGAGCGCUUUCAAUGGGGCACUAUUGAGUGAGCAGCUGGAUUAUGUUAACCAUUCUAUUUACAAGGUGUUGGAUCUAUACACCAGGCAAAGGAAUCCUCAAAAGCAAAUUAUUCUAAUUGGACAUUCAAUGGGAGGAAUAAUAGCUAAAGCUAUCAUCUCUUUGCUGCCUGAAGGCAGCAACAUGAUUCCAAUUGUACUAGCUCUUGCAGCUCCUCUAAAGAGACCUGCUUUGGACAUUGAUAGAUACACACAUGCUUUCUACGCAAAUGUGAAUCAAAACUAUAAACCGAAACCUGAAACAACCUUUAUUAGCGUGGCUGGUGGUUACAACGACGUUUUAAUAAAUACGCAUCUGACUGAGGAUGGACACCUUCAUACAGUGGCGACUGGCGUUCCACGUUCUUGGGUAUCCACCGACCACGUUCAAAUCGUGUGGUGCAAGCAACUGGUGAUGGCAAUAAAUCGCGCUCUCUUCGAAUCCAUCGAUGCUAAAACGAAGAAGAUCUCGCGAGAUCACGAUACGCGUCUGGCCAUAUUCAAACAUCAUUUAGUGAAGAAUAGCGGUACUAAAGUUUACGUGGAAAACAGUUUCGAAUUGGCAACCAAUUUGAAUUCGCACGGGGAAUGGUUCGAGAGUAUUUACAAGCAGUACUCUGUGAGGCUGCCUAAAGGCACUAAAGAUCCUAGGUAUUACAUGAUACCUAUGCCAGCGCAGAAGCAAUUCAAGGAUUUGGCUAUUGUUAUUAUGAAUAUGGAAUCUCCUGAUUGGGUUUUCGCGUGUCCCGAAGUCGUUGUUGAUGGUCACAAACGUUACUGUCAGGAGGGAAGACACUUGACUCAUUUAUCAGAGAUUUCGCCUUCUUUGGCUUACAAACGCAGGACGUUGAGGGUCGAUAUGAAGGAGUUGAAGGAGAAUUACACGGCGAUGACGCACACUGUUGUUAGAAUUAUGCCAACAGAUGAACCGGUUGUGCUGCACGUCGAUGUUUACAACCCGGGCGAGAGGAACAUUUUCUUGAACUACGCUCCGAAAUGGUAUAGCAACGAUAUUGUGACCAUCGUGGGCACAACUGAAGACAAAGCUAUCCACUACGAAAUCCUUUUACCUUACUUCUCGCAUAUAAUCCACUCGAACAUUCUCUACGUGGAUCCUCUUGAAUGCACCGGACAAGCUCAUCACGCCACGAUUAGUUUAGUUGUGCCUUGGGAUAACUACGAUUGGCACGAUUUCGUAACCCAAAACAAGAGAGACCCAAUACCUCUGCGACUGUUCAAUUCCAAACCUCCGACCAUACCAGGAAACCAGAGCGCUUCAGUACGUUUAACUUUAGAUCCCACUUGUCGCUACAAAAUAAGGAUACAAAGUGGAUAUCAUUUUGCUAAUAUGGUUAGAUUUUAUUCGCCGCAUAUCGUUGCGAACAUGGUAGCUGUGGUUUUGAUGACUCUGAAGAACCAGCUCUUGAAUAUAGCCAUGGAAGAGAAAUGUUCCAUAUUCUUUUCGGCCAUAAAAGAAGCAGCGAAACCCUAUUUCUUGGUGACUGGAUUAAGAGUGUUGACUAAACUGCUUGCUCCUUUGGGUCACGCCAAUCUCAUACCGAUUCCCGAUUGGCAAAUACUUGCGGACGAAGGAUUGGAUUUCUUUAUCCUUCCGUUCUUCCUUUACACGAUCAGCGUAGGUUUGGUUUGGUUAUUAGCAGUCGCCCUAUCCGUUAGUUUGGUUUGCUACGAAUCUAGCAUUCAUAGAGGCGUUUUGAAAUUAUGCGGAAAGAUUUUAUCAGGGAAUUCUACGUUGCACGAUAAUUUAUUAAGCGUCCUCCACAAAAUCCCAGGGCCAAUUGCAAUUAUUUUAAUAGUGAUGAGCGUUACGACUUGCGGAGGAUUAGCUCUGGUCAUCGCGACUGUAAUAUAUUUCUUGAAGUUGACGCAAAUGUCGCAAGAUUUCAUCGAGGAUUUGGUGAAGCGGUUCUUCAAGAAGAUUGGCGGUAAAUUAACGGAUAAGCUUAUGAAGAAGAUUAAGAAGCGUUGGGGUAAGAAGACUGAAGCGCCGACUGCGAACGAAGCUGUUGAGGAUAAAAACGUAAAGACUGAUGAUGUGGCAAACGGUGAGGCUGAGAAGCCUAAAUCGAAAGGAGAGUCGAGCAGUUCUGGAAAGAACAAGAGCGGCGGUAAGAAGACUAAAGGUAAGGAGAAGAAGCCGGUGAAUCCUCCGGUCGAAGAACCAGAAACUCCCGGUGAUGAUGAGGCAACGGCUGCGAGCAUUUUGAAGCAGAUGGAUUUGAAGAUCCUUAAAGAGAUCGCGCAGAAUAACGAGAUAUUCUUCCAUUUCACCAUAUUCUUGCUCUACUUGUUCGUUACCAUCUUGAACAUUCCAUCUCUCCUGACCUGGGCUCACAACUUCAAAUACAGCAAAUAUUUGGAAUCCGAUCCGGCUUUAACACCGGCUUUUGUACUGUGCACUUGCGCUUUUGCGUUGUGGCAGUACGAUUUCCCUCGCGUAAAGAAACAGUUCUACAACGAACUCAGCGUGAUGAUGAUCAUCACCUGCGUCGUCACGAUGAUGUACGGAAUCAUCUCGAUUUAUCGUCUGUCCUUCAUCAUCUCCGGCGUCGUGGCCGUGAUCACCGUGCACCAGCUGUAUGCAAUCGAUAAGCCUGAAACCAGCUCCGGCGAAGACGAUGGUAAAGAUGACGACGAUAAGAACACUUACGAGAAGAAGGUUAAAGCUAAAUGGGAGUAAACACGCAUUGGCUCGUAUAAACAGAAAAAAAUAGUUUAUAAUAAUUUUAUAGAUGUAUGGCUUUCAACAGUAGCUCAAUAGAUGUUGCAUGCGCGUGCGAUUUACAGAAUGUGCAGUAAAUUGCAUCGAAUGUACCUUAAAAAAAACAAUGAGGACUAAAACUUCUUUAUUACUUUUUCUUUUCUGUUUUGUUUAUUGAAGUAUAAGGCGACUAGUGUUUUAACUGUUUGUUUUCGUAUUAUACAUGUUCUGUGAUAAUAUUUUCAAUUUGUUUAUUUAAUUUUUUUUAAAUAAAUGGACUGUUUAUGUGUUAAUUUAA